CACGAUGGGGGAAGAGUGGAACUGCCCAGAUGACCACGAAUAGAAAGUUGGUUUAAAAUGGGACAGCACGUCGUUGGUCUGGAGAGUCUCGCUGGCCACUCCUCCUCGCUCCCCCUGCUGGACCUCUAGACGUCUCCUGUCUCCUGGGUGGCCUGGUCCUGACCCUGCCGGGCCCCAUUCCCACGCUCCCCCUGACAGCAGCCACCGGCCACUGGAGUGCUCGCGGUGUGCCAGUCCUGAGCCGCUCUGCGAGGAUGAAGCACACCAGGCUUCAGAGGCUGAGGCCAGAAGCACCGGUUGAGAUGGUCCUUGGUCUCCCAGUUUGUUCCUGGAGGAGAGCGGACCCUUUCUGCUGAGUGUGUCUGGAGGACACCGUGCCACCGCAGCCCAGCGUCACCUGGAGGGACGGCUGACUGGCGCUGGCCAGUCCUGGCCUCCAGCGAUGGCCACACGGGCCUGGGUGGGGAAGGGUCCCGGCUGUGUCCCCGGAGAGAAGCCCGGCCAGCUUGCUGGUCAACGAUGAAAAGGAGGAAACUCUACGCCUGAAGCUCGAGCCAGAAACCGGCUGGAAGGUGGACCAUACCCUCCCUUCAGAUCCUUCCUUGGCUGGCGGACACCUUGGGGGACUUCUGCUUCAGAAGCUGUCCAGAAACACUGAGGGGUUCCAGCUCACACGAGCUGCCCACCACACACAUGCUGGAUGACAGAGCCAGGAUGGACGUCACCAAGAAGGAAAAGGCAGAGCAGAUCCUGGCGGACUUCCAGAUGCAGGAGGCGGACUUGAAGAAGGUGAUGCGGCGGAUGCAGAGGGAGAUGGCGCGGGGCCUGCGGCUGGAGACCCACGAGGAGGCCAGCGUGAAGAUGCUGCCCACCUACGUGCGCUCCACCCCAGAAGGCUCAGAAGUCGGGGACUUCCUCUCCCUGGACCUGGGCGGCACCAACUUCAGGGUGAUGCUGGUCAAGGUGGGGGAGGGCGAGGAGGGGCAGUGGAGUGUGAAAACCAAGCACGAGAUGUAUUCCAUCCCUGAAGAUGCCAUGACUGGUACUGCUGAGAUGCUCUUUGACUACAUCUCCGAGUGCAUCUCCGAUUUCCUGGACAAGCAUCAGAUGAAGCACAAGAAGCUGCCCUUGGGGUUCACCUUCUCCUUUCCUGUGAGGCAUGAAGACAUCGACAAGGGCAUCCUCCUCAAUUGGACCAAGGGCUUCAAAGCAUCAGGAGCAGAGGGGAACAACAUCGUGGGGCUCCUCCGUGACGCCAUCAAACGCAGAGGGGACUUUGAAAUGGACGUGGUAGCAAUGGUGAACGACACGGUGGCCACGAUGAUCUCUUGCUACUAUGAAGACCGCCGGUGUGAGGUUGGCAUGAUUGUGGGCACAGGCUGUAACGCCUGCUACAUGGAGGAGAUGCAGAACGUGGAGCUGGUGGAAGGGGACGAGGGCCGCAUGUGCGUCAACACCGAGUGGGGCGCCUUCGGAGACUCGGGCGAGCUGGACGAGUUCCUGCUGGAGUACGACCGCGUGGUGGACGAGAACUCCCUGAACCCCGGCCAGCAGCUUUAUGAGAAGAUCAUCGGCGGCAAAUACAUGGGCGAGCUGGUGCGGCUCGUGCUGCUAAAGCUCGUGGACGAAAACCUGCUCUUCCGUGGGGAGGCCUCGGAGCAGCUGCGCACGCGCGGAGCCUUCGAGACACGCUUCGUGUCGCAGCGACUCGGGCGACCGAAAGCAGAUCUACAACAUCCUGAGCACGCUGGGGCUGAGGCCCUCGGCCACCGACUGCGACAUCGUGCGCCGCGCCUGCGAGAGCGUGUCCACGCGCGCCGCGCACAUGUGCGCCGCGGGGCUGGCGGGCGUCAUCAACCGCAUGCGCGAGAGCCGCAGCGAGGACGUGAUGCGCAUCACCGUGGGCGUGGACGGCUCCGUGUACAAGCUGCAUCCCAGCUUCAAGGAGAGGUUCCAUGCCAGCGUGCGCAGGCUGACGCCCAGCUGCGAGAUCACCUUCAUCGAGUCGGAGGAGGGCAGUGGCAGGGGCGCAGCCCUGAUCUCCGCAGUGGCCUGCAAGAAGGCCUGCAUGCUGGGCCAGUGAGCCCGGAGGCCACCAGGCCAGGAGGAGGCAGUGACUGGCUGGACUUGGGCUCCAGGGGAUUCGCCCCCCACAGGUGCCCACAGCCUGGUCCAGUGAAGAGGUCGCUCUCUGUAAGGACCCUGAACGCCUCCCAUUCCCACUGCCACCCCACAAGAUAGGGACGGGCCCACAGGGGAUUUGGAGGGCCCUGGGCAGGCCUCUUCCCUCAGAGGCACUUGAUGGGACAGACCAGGGCCCUAACUGGGUUGGGGGCUGAGGUGAGCUGGCACAGACACCCCCAGAGUCCCUCACCCGUCUUGCUGGAACCGAGGACCCAGAAGGGACUUGCUCACUCGGGACUUGGCUGCGUUUCUGCACUGCCUGCCCUUUGGAGCCUUUGGCCUGACUCUGCCUCGCCUGGGCCCUGCGCUGGACCCUGCUGUGGCCUGGGAACCCCUGGGGAGGCAGCCCUGCUGACCUGGCCAGACGUGGACCGGGGCUCCUCAGGGGGCCAGGGGCUGCCUGGCACCCAGGCCUGGCUGUUUUCUUGCCUGGUGGGGGGGUGGAGAAUGGGAGAGGACCCGCUCCCCAGUGGAGACGGCUGGUACCCCGAGGCCUGCAUUUGGAGGCCUCCUUGCUCCCCUGCCACUGACUCUGAGUGGUUUGUGGUUCUGGGAUGGAAGCUCCCAGGUGGUGCAAGACACAGAGCCCCCAGAACCCCUGCCCAGAGGAGCCCAUGAGGAGGAGAACCCCACCCCCAACCCCAGGCAGUCCUGGGAGCACCCUCCAUGGGGGAGUCCUCAGCUCCCACAGGGCUGGCCUAGAAAGACAUCACACAGCACUCAGCACCCAGGGGACCGCCCAGGCCUCCCUCUUCUCCCCAGACCUCCAUGUGCCACACCCCCCCCUCUCAUGCCCAGCCUGGGACUGUGUGGUUUUUUAAUUAAAAGUCUCAAAAGUUGAGAAUGUG